UGAGCUUCUUUCUCGGUUACCGAUACAUUCCGUUGCCGGAUCUGACCACCAUCUGCUUCACUCGUGUGGUGUGGACUGUUCUCUUCGGAAUCAUCAUCUAUAAGGAAAAACCAUCCGCAGCGAUUAUUUUGGCAAUUCCUCUUACCAUUGUAGGAGUGACAUUAGUGGCACAACCAACAUUUAUCUUUUCAUCACAGAAACAAAAACAAUUUUUUCCAAAUCUAACCAUAAACUCGACAGAGGUUUCAUCAUCAUCGACUAAUCAACGUCGUCAUAUUGGUAUUUCUAUUGGGCUGAUGUUUGCUAUUGCAUCAUCCAUGCAUAUUCUCUUAUUUAAACAACUGAUAAAUUUAAAAAUCAAGCCGAGUAUAGUAAUGUUUCAGUUUACGAUCAUCGUCUUAUUCUUGCUAAUCAUAAAUCAACUUUAUAAGUACUUUGUACUGGGGAACAAAUUAUUUCUUCAAGUGAUAUUCACGUGGAAUUACGUCUUGGCAUCGCUCAUUUGCUUAGCUCAAAUCGGUGCAUCUCUGCUGGGACAAAAAGCCAUCAAACGUGAAAGUCCUUCGAUUUUGACGAUUGUAUCUAGCAGCGAUAUUAUCUAUUCAAUUCUUCUGCAGAACUUGUUUACCAGGUUGAAGUCGAACUUGUACGCUCUGUUAGGGUCUGCGUUGGUCAUAUCCAGUGUAUUGAUGAUCGGAGCCCAUAAAUUCAUGCAAGAAAAAAGAAAGAACAGGUUGCUAUCAGUACCUCAAAUGGACACCACAGUAAAGCACUAGUUAGGAAAUCGAGAGAUUUUAGUGUAGUUUUAAAGUUCUUACCUUAAACAAGCAAAUAAAGUUUAAAUUUUUUCGAAAUAUCGAGCUCGAUCGGGCGAGACAAUCUUCUUAUCACGUGUCAUCAAGAGAAGGACUACUUUUCUUAAAAGAAAUUACCGUCUUCAAUAGAUUUACAUUUUGGCUGUACUGCCAUCUGUCGAAAAAAUUGAAGUACGGUAACGACUAAGUAAACAUUUUCCACCCUAAACAUUGUGCUUCUCUGAUCCUAGUUUUCUGAAUGUUUAUUUCGUAUGAGAAAACAACAGGUUUUUGUAAUGUACUGAUCAUGGUUCUCAUGUAUUUGUAUUAUCCAUCGUUUCUAAUAGGAAUUUGGAACAAACGGUCCGUUGACAAUCUGCUCUUUCUUGUAAUCAGACCUUUAAAUCAUAAAAAAUAAAAUUUACUCUGUCUAACAUGCACAUAUUUUAUCAUAAUCCCUUUUCCUUCUCUUUAGAGAGAAUUUGAGUUGCUUUCAAUUCUUAUUACAUUUCUCGUCGUUUGUAUCAAAGCUAAGUAGUUAUCAGCAUCGUUUAUUCUGAGAACUCUUAUUAAAAAUACACUCCUACGUUAUCUUGGCAGUUCCUCCCAUUGUUUGUUCUUCAUCCUUUUUCUUAAUCGUUCAAAGUCAAGUUUGAUGAUUCACCCACACGAUUAAUGCGUUUUUCGUUAAAGAAACAACUCAGAAUGUGAUGAAAAUAAAAUGCCAGCUUUUUUCCAUGCAGGUUUUGCUCCUAGCGUGGUUAACAGAAUGUACAUGAAAUUUUCCGCGCGUGGUGAGCACUGGUGGUACGAAUCAUUAGAAACAGUGUCUAUCAUCCAUCUCACUCAAAGAAAGAAAGAGACAGUUAUGUUAAUAAACGAACACCAACAAGUUUUCUCUGAUUUUUUAGUAUAACGAGUGAUUGAAAGUUAACAACAGCAUCUGUAUAAAGUAAGAAGUAAAACCUCAUAAUGGAAAUCCUAAGAAAAUAAUAAACUCUGAUUUAGUCAUUAAAAUGUCAUUGUCGUCCUCAUAGAACUGACAAUUUGAUUAAAAGAUCUAACAACAAUCAUAUCCUCUCUAGCUCACAUGCGUUAUAAUAAAUAGAAAAAAAGAUCUUUUUCUUCUUCAUAAUUGACAUAAACGUAAGAAAAGUAAUGUUCAAAUUGCAAUACGCGCUACUGCAUGCAAGGAGAUUCUCUGAUUAUGAAGCGCGAAGUUUGACGUUUGAAUAGGAAAAAUGUGACAUAUUCUCCAACAUAGUACUCCUCUUACUAACGCUUCAUAGAAAAAGUGCUAGAUUACUAUGGAGCUCUUUAAAUGAAGGCGAUAUUUAUCAUGUACAAUAUUUUCACACAAUGCUCGUUAAGUUUUUCUCUGUUAACGUUGUUCAGGUUAUGUUCAGUUUUCUUUUUUUGUUGAUAUAGUUAGAUCAUCUUCUUUAUCCAUUUAUAUUUGAUCAUAUAUAAUAACAUAACAUAGAAAUGAUGAAAUUGAUUGAUACUUAUUUAUUUUCAUUCUUUGAUAGUUAAACUUGCUGCUUGAUACGAUUGGGGUUGUAAGAUGAUGUUUUUGCUUUGCUCACAAGAAUAUCACCUGUCUGUUAUUUUAUUUGCAUAAGAAAAUAAUGUUAUAAUCUUUCUUUGUUUCAUUCUAAAGAGAAGAAAAUACUAAGUUAUCUGCAUUCACAGAGUUUCUGUACCUGUAAAUUGAAGCCGAAUCACAGAGUAAAACUUGUCGUUUAAGGAUGCUGCAAGAAAAAAACAGACUGAAAGAAGCACCAACUAUAAUGUAAGACAUUUUCAGUGGAUGUACACUGAAAAAAAGCCGAAAACGCGAAAAAUCAUCUUUUCCACUGAUUAGACAUUUGUGGUAAAAAUGUUUUCGAUAAUAUUUGCGCUUGUGUAUUCCGUCCAUCAGAAAUGUGACGAUGCUACGUUUUUGCUGUGAUACUUUAUCCAUUGUAUUGGACUGACCAAAAUUUCUUCUAGUUGAAGUCAUUUACACGUUUUUAAGAAGUAAAUCAGAGAAAAAGUACAGGUCUAAGUUAUGUUUCUUUAUGUUAGAUGUAAACAAACGCGUUUCUAAUGAGAAAAUAUAGUAGAAUGACCUUGAAUUGAAUGAGAUUAACUGCAGUUUCAUUUUCUAUUGUCUUAGCUAUCAACAGCUCCCAUUCAUGAUUAAAAGUAAAUAUAUCCAUUACACUUGUUUAUUUAUGGUUGUGUGUUUAGAUGAGAUAUGAUUUGGGACGAAAUGAGCGUAUUGAUUCAUUCCUGUCAUCUGAUGAUCGACUUCCCGGUGAAUCUAUGCUUAAGAAAAUUACGGGAUACGGCGGAGACAAUAGAAAGCAGAAUUUACGUCAGUAUUGGAUUCCCGAUAGUGUCGGCAAAGAAUGCCAUGACUGUGGCGAGAAAUUUACUCCGUUUCGUAGAAGACAUCAUUGUACGUAUUCACAAUUUCUAUGA